UCGGCAGCCGCUAUAAAACCCCUCCCUGCAGCGCUCGCUUCCCUCCCGUGCUUCAGUGCCUCGGGGUGGGGCAUCCCCGGCGGCGGGGCACCCACCGGGGGUGGCCUUGGCACAGCCCCGGUCCUGACCCGGCAGCUCCGCAGCUGCGCUUCUCGCGGCUCCCAUCGCCCGGCUGCAGCUCCCGAGGAGCCAGGAAGGACCCCCGAGAUCCAGAAAGGACACCCAAGAUCCAGAAAGGACACCCGAGAUCCAGAAAGGACACCCGAGAGCCGCCUCUGCUCCCGCCCCGCAGCCCUGCGGCUUUCUCAGGGGUGAAGAUGAGUGCUGAAGAGAUUCUGAUGUGUGCAGUAGAACUUGGAAAAAAUUUCUGCCUCUAUUUUGACGACGACGAUGAGCUGGAGUGUGAUGCGCUCUGCAAGGAAAAGACCCUGCACCGAGUGCUGAGGAAUGUGAAGAGCCAGCUGCUCGUGGUGCGCCCAGACCUGAACGUGGCAGCCUUUGAGGAUGUGACAGACCAGGAGAUGCAAUCUGGCAAAGGGAUGCAUUUCAGCAUUCACUGCUACAAAACCACCACACCCUUAGCAGGGAUGCCCGUGGCCUUCAGUGUCCAAGUGGAAGACAAAAGUUAUUACAUGUGUUGUGAGAGGGAAUGUGGAGAAAUGAUCGUUAGAUUCAAGGAAGGAGAAGUUCCCAAAGAAAUUCCUGGUGAAAGCAACAUCAUCUUUUUCAAAAAGACAUUUACAUCUUGCUGCUCCAAAGCAUUUAAGUUUGAAUACUCAAUGGAACGAGGAAUGUUCUUGGCCUUUGAGGAAGAAGGCUACUUGAGAAAAUUAAUCCUAAAGAAACUGUCAAAAGAUGAAGUUGAUGAAACCAUGAAGAUGAGUUUAUCUAAGUUCAGUCAGAAUGAAAAUCACAACCUAUGAUGGAACACUUCAACAGUUUUAAAAUACAGUUUGUUUUUUUAAAAAAGA